AUGUUACAUCACUAUUGUGUAAUAAUUCAAUAUUCAUCUAAAGAAAAAAAAACCAUGGUAACACAUAUCGAAUAUUUAUCGAAUGAACUAUGGUUUUCAAUAUUUUCUUAUUUAGAAGCACAUGAUCUCUUUCGUGCUUUCAUCAAUUUAAAUAAUUAUUUUGAUGAAUUAAUUGCUUCUCGUCAUCUUUUAUACAAUGUUCAAUUUAAUAAAAAUGAUCAUUCAAGUUUUAUUUCGAUUAUACAUUGCACUUCUCCUGAAAUACUUAAUCGUAUAAUAUCAUUACAGUGGAUUGCUAAGCCUCGAUAUGGUUUUUUACCUGAAUUUCUCAAUAAAAAUAUUUCAAAAUUUACUCGAUUACGAGCUUUAAAAAUUGAAAUACAUCCUCGACAAACAUUUCUUAUUUGUAAAAUUCUUCCAGAACUUAAUUCACUUGAAUAUCUUUCCGUAAAAUCUAUAACUAUAAAAGCAUUAUUAGUUGAGACUAUAUUUUCAAUAUCUUGUCUUCAUAUAUGUGAAUUAAUAAAUUCUCAUGUAAUGAGAAAUAUUGAAUGUUCUUUGGUUGGACAAAGUUAUAUUGAAGUACUUUACUUGACAAAUAUCUCCAUUGAUGUUCAUUCGAUCAAGGAAUCAUUUUUCGAUCAUAUUCCAAAACUAAAAAGACUCGAACUAUCUGGAUUAAUACAAACAUUUAAGAAUUUAAGCUCAUGGAUAACAAAUCAAAUUCUUAUUUAUGAAAAAGUUCCGAUAAUUAAACUUAAAUGUAAAUCUAAUCGGAUUACAAUGGUUUUUUUCGAACAAAUACAACCGAUAAUGUCAAUGAUAAAAUAUUUUUCUUUGAAUAUUUAUGUUGAUAUUCAAGAUGAAAUAUUACUUGAAAAUUUAAUUAAUGAUUGGUGGUCAAUUAUUGAACAAAUAGAAAAAAACAAUAUUUCGAUCCGAAUAUCAAAACAAAUAAAUAUUGCUGAUACGGAUAAACAAAAUAAAUUUACUACUUAUCUUAAUAUGUUAUUUUCUAAAAUUAAUCAAUCGAAUGAUUCUUGCAAAAUUACAUGGACACAAUCAGAAUGUCCACUUUAUAAAUUUUGUGCUGAAAUUCGUACUUCAUAA